AUGUCAGAGUGGGGUGCUGUCCAGCCUGAGGCCUUUGGCGCCGAGUCCUGGGGCGGAGAGGUGGGUGAUGGUGCCUUGACCAUCGAGGACAGCGGCGUCGUCCUGGACAGGGAUGGCUACGAGGCUCUCGAGAUGGCUGCCAACGAGAAGAAGCCCAAGCGCGUCCGCAAGAAGGACGUGGAGCACGCGAUGGCCCCUUCAGCCUCCUACCCCCCGACCAACCGUCAUGUGCCCAUUGUCAAUGCACCGCUGAAGACCGACCGAGAGAACGGCGAGGAGAAAUUCAUCUCCAUCUGGCAGCGUUCUGGCAAGAAUGAACCUCUACAGUCCUUCGUCGACAAGUUUCCCCGCAACGCCGCGAUGGCCUUCAGCGAGGUUUGGAAGAGGGAGCUCGAGAACGAGGGAAGCUUCGCGGCCCUCGUCAUCGAUGACGAGAACCUGGACCCCUACAAGCGUUUGCUUGACUGGAUCAACCAGUGUGUCGACGAGGGAAACGACAUCAAGUUUCCUGAGAUCGAGGACGAAGAGAACGCUCUCAAUAUCUUGCUUGAGAUCAUUGUCGUGGCCGACCAGCUCAAGGUCCCCGAGAUGUCCCUGCAGGAGGGCCUGAAGAAGAGAGCCAUGAAGUACGCACGCAAGGGCCUUAUCAACCUCGACUAUGUCGAGCGCCUGUACGACGAGGGCCACUUCCAAUACCUAGGCCCCUCCGAGGCUCUCCAGGAAGCAGCUUCGGCUAGCAUCUUUGAGGCGUGGUGGACGCGCAAAUUGGACGAGCCCGAGUACAAUGACUACUGUUCCUUCAUCGAGCAGAUGAGAGCCGUGUUCCCCAAGCUGGACGAGGACCUGAACAAGCGGUUCGAUGACAAGAAGGAGCACAUCGAGAAGAAGAAGGCAGAGAAGAAAGCCCAGCAGGCUGCGCCCUACAAUAGCAGCAACAACGGCGCGGAUGGUGGAUGGGGCUCGGCGGCCGCUGCCACCGUUGAUGGCAGCGUUGAGUGGCGUGGUGCCGACGAGGGCGGCACCGCUGAUGGUGCUGCUGCUGCUGCUAUGGACGGAUAUGGCACCACGGCAGAGGGCGACACAUCUGCUUGGAAUUUCUCCAUCGACAAUAGCCAUGGUUGUCGUUCUUCCUCGCCGCUUUGGUUCAUCGUCGUCACUAGAUGUGUCAUCCUUAGGACAUCGGCGUUAAGCACUCGCCACACGGGAGGCAACACGUCCACGCAGCUCAUGGGGGCGCAGACCAGUGGCUUCGCCCCCCAUCUUCCUCCGAGCCGAGCUCCACUACUUUUGUGA